GCCAGUGGAGAGUUUCCCAGCAUGAAUCCGUCCAUCAUAACCUGGACCACAGAACUCAUAGAAUUAAGUGGAAGUGAAGAGCCCAAUCCACAAGCUUUGUAUAUGGAGAGCAUAAUCCUCAACUUACUGAUCAUCAUCACUGCCCUGGUUGGCCUGGCAGGAAACGCCACUGUGCUCUGGCUCCUGGGUUUCCGCAUGAGGAGGAAUGUCUUCUCCAUCUACAUCCUCAACCUGGCGACAGCUGACUUCACCUUACUCUUUUGCUGUAUUUUGCAUGCCCUGGAGACACUCAUCAGGCUCUUCUGUCCCAUCUCCAUAUCCUUCCCGGAAUUUUUCGUCACUGUGUCAGUCUUUGCCUACAUCGCAGGCCUGAGCUUUCUCAGCGCCAUUAGCACAGAGCGCUGCUUGUCCAUCACAUGGCCCAUCUGGUACCGUUGCCGCCGCCCCAGACAAAUGUCAGCUGUCAUGUGUGCCCUGCUCUGGACCAUGUCCCUGAUGCUGAGCAUCCUGGAAGGGAACUACUGUGGCUUCCUGAAUAGGAAUUUACAUCACUUUUGGUGUCCAGCAUUGGAUUUCAUCACUGUGUCCUGGCUAAUGUUGUUAUUUGUGCUUCUUUCUGGGUCCAGCCUGGUUCUGCUGACCAGACUGCUGUGUGGCUCCCAGCGGGUGCAGCCCACUAGGCUCUAUGUGACUGUCGGGCUCACAGUGCUGGUCUUCCUCUGCUGUGGCCUGCCCUUCGGCAUCCACUGGUUCCUCAUAAUUUGGUUUCAAGAAGAUAAACGUGCCUCCUUUCGACUUUACCUGUUUGCUGUUCUUUUGUCCUGUGUCAACAGCUGUGCCAACCCUGUCAUUUACUUUUUUGUUGGCUCCUUUAGGCAGCGAUGGUGGAAGCGGCGACAGACCCUGAGGCUGGUUCUCCAGAGGGCUCUGCAGGACACCCCUGAGGUGGAUGAACAUGGAGGAAGCCUUCCUCAGGAACCCCUGGAGAUGUCAGGGAGCAGUCUGGUGUCCUGAUUCAGGGUCUUGUUUUGUUCAGCUGAUGUGACCUUGAGAUAAGACUUUGUCCCUAUCAGGUUGGAAGGUUUUCUUAACAUGUCUUUCCUCUAGUCCUGGAAUUAAAACAGUUAACAUAAUGGUCCCACUCUUGAAGUUUAAGACAGUCCCUUUAUGCAAACAUGAGAGCACAGGCUGAAGGACAGCCUCCCCCAGGGCCCUCCCCCCGUCCCCAUGGGGCUUUGCCAACUCUGAGUGCAGGACUGCACCCUCUUCUGUAGAAUCCCCACCUCAGCACCAGAGGAGAGCAGUGCAGGAAAGUCUGAAUUUCUUUCAUCAUGGCACUUGAUGGAAACUACAAGAACUACAUUUUGACAAGUUUCUGUGGUCAUUCCCCUGCAAUCUGUCUCUACAAAUUAAACAAAUUAAAGUUCAAUUGAGAACACAUGCA